GCCAUGCGUAUUAAUUCUCAGUGACGUCAUCUGCAAUUUUGACAAUUGAGAGGAUGAUCGUAUAAUUUUAGAAAAAAAUCCAACUAAAGACGAAUGUAGAAUAGAAGUGAAUGGAAAAAGAAUUGUCUUUGUAGUUUUGUUGAACGCAACUGCAUAAAAAUGAAUUUAAGUUCCCAACAAGACUAUAAUUUCCCAUCAAGAACCAGAACAGACAGUUCAGGAACCGGAGCAUCCACUCCUUCAUCUGCAUCAGAUUACAUUACGGGAGAAGGAGAUGAUAGUUCUGAUAGCAGAGGGACUGUUCCCUGCACUCUAAAAUCCGUUGAAAAUUUGCUUUCACUCUCAAAGGUCAUUACACAAGACGAGCUAGAGGAAAUGGUUCAAAAGUGCAAGCAGAUGGUUUUGGAAAGUGCAGAAUGUUCAGAAGAAAGAAAGUGGUUGGUCAGAAGAUUAAUCGAGUUACGAUUAAGAGCUCAAGAAUUGCGAGAAGCUUCUAACGCGAGUCUUAUGGAAACUCGUGUGAUUUUAGGACAUCAUCUAGUACCCCAAAAAUACCAAAUACCAGUUUCCGGUUCUGUAUACUGCGAUCACUGCAGUGGUGCAAUUUGGACAAUGUUGCAAUCUUGGUACAUGUGCAAUGAUUGCGGCUUCUGCAGUCACUGGAAAUGCUUGGGCAACAUUUGCCGUGUUUGCGUUCAUGUUAUUGCGAGCGAGGUCAGAGGAUAUACUUACACAAAAGAUAUUUGCCCUGAACGUGGACUGUCAGCUCAAGGUUAUCGCUGCGCAGAGUGCAAAACCCGAAUAACUUUCACACACUUUAAAGGACUAUCACUCUCAUGUUUUGGGAGUCCUUUUAAUUACCCAGACUCAGGAUAUGCCGAACCUCGUCUUUGCGACUACAGUGGCUUAUUUUAUUGUCAGAGAUGCCACUGGAACACAUUCGCAGUGAUUCCAGCGAGGGUAAUAAGAAAUUGGGAUAUGGAACCUCGUCGCGUUUGUCGAGCUGCUGCCCAACUUUUAAAUUUGCUCCAGGAAAGACCGGUCCUACUUUUAGAGGAAUUGAAUCCAAAACUCUUCACUUUAGUUCCUGAUUUGUCGAUCGUUAAAAGACUUCGAGAAGAGCUCCAGAUGAUGAAGCAUUAUUUGGUCCUUUGUCCCGAAGCCAUUGAUCAAGGUUUGCCUUGGCGAGUCGGACUCCGGACGCAUUUCUUGGAAAACUCUGGCAGUUAUUCUGUAAAAGACCUCGUGGAUCUGCAGAGUGGACUUUUAAUGGAAGAACUCCGAACUGCUCAUGAUAAUAUGAAAAAUCACAUUACCGAGGAUUGUCAAUUGUGUAAAGGAAGAGGACAUCUUUGCGAACUUUGCGGAAACGAUGAGGUGAUUUUCCCUUGGGACGUAAGUGCAAUUUCCUGUCGGAUAUGUUCUGCAGUUCAUCAUCGAGUUUGCUGGACAAAAAAGGAUCAUCAUUGUCCGAAAUGCCGCAGAAUCGAACAACGCCGUUCAUUACUAGAUAAUUCGAUUGAUUUGAAUGAAGACCAAGUAGUCGGUUAUGAUAGAAUUGAUAAAGAUGAUUCGGUAUCGUAAUUUAAUUCAUACAAAGCUAUUCUAUUCAGUCUCGAUAUGUUUAUAUUGUACAUAAAAAAGCUUAUUUAAAUACAUUUUAAUCACUUCUUUCUA